GCCGUACACGCACUCCGCCCCCCACCAUCAAUACACCACCACACGAAGACACUCAACGGCUACCGUGCCUGUCUACAAUCCGGAGUUGUAGCACACAGCGCCUUUCUCCAGUGUACACAGGGUUCCGGGUACUGGAGAGAAAAGUGCAAGGAACUCGGCAAGUGUGGCUGCGGCCGUGGUGCACCCGAUCUCGCUUCUGAGAACUAUUCUCGUUCAUUCUCUCUCUACUGCCUUCAGUCAUUCUGUCUCUCUCUGCCCCGUUAACCUCCGUUCCUUGCUUUAUCGAUUCAAGCAGCAACCCCCUGCUUCCCUCCCAUCACACUCCUUCACUUCAGGGCGGCCCAUCGUGCGCCACGUCUGCAAUUAUGCGAGGGAUUGACGAUAGGUCGUUGCGACAGGACGAACAAGAGAUCGACGACAUGCCCGAGUUUGGAGACGACGUCGAUAAUGAGCUCUUCUCGCAGAUCCUCGAAAUGGACGAAAGUGAGGAGGAUCGCGACUUCAGCGCCCCGCUGGUUUUGAACUUCUUCGAACAAGCAGAAGAGACCUUCGCGAAGAUGCAGGAAGCGCUGAACGCCAAAAAUCUGGAGUCUCUGUCUAGCCUCGGCCACUUCCUUAAGGGUUCUUCCGCUACUCUCGGGUUCAACAAGAUUAGAGAUGGUUGCCAGAUUAUCCAGCAAUAUGGCCACCAAUUGAACGUGGACGGCACCCCCGAGACCGAUCCGGCGGUGUGCCUUAAGAGGAUCGCCGAGGCUCUCUCUACGGUUCAGGCCGACACGGCGAAGCUAGAAAAGGUCAUGAAAAAGUUCUUCAGUCAGACCGAGUAAUGGGGGAUGGUGUCAUGAGCUUUCAACCGUCAUGUUGCAUCGG